AUGCAGCAGACCACGAGGCCAUUGAACCAGCACCGUCCGUCGCUCUCGUCUGCCUCUUCUUCCGGACUUACCACCCGACAAUCCCACUCGCGUACCAACUCCCACUCCAUCCUCAGCGGCGCCCUCAAUGCCAACCACCGUGUCACCCGCCGAAAGUCCAUGACGAACACUGCUGCGAACGCGGCAGCCAUGGCAGCGGCGAUCAGAGAAGUCGGAGGGGAUAAGGUCACGCCUAUUGCCGUGAGCUCUCGCCGUAACACGGCAUCGAAGAGCGCUGCCGCUCGCGCCGCAAUCGUCGGGAGCCUACCUUCUCCCCCAGCGAGCCUGCCAACGCAGAAGUUCCACUUGGACGGCAAGAUGGACGUCAACGAGAACGCAAUUGAGGACGAACCGAAUAACGCAUCGGGCGACGAGGGUGAAAAUAACACGCAAAAGGCUCGCAUGCGUCGCGCUAGCGAUGGCCAGCCUCUCGUCAAGGAGGGCAGCAGGAAGUUCAACCGCGUUGAGCUCAAGUGCGAGACUUGCGGAAAGGGAUACAAGCACAGCAGUUGCCUGACCAAGCAUUUGUGGGAACACACUCCCGAGUGGUCUUUGACUUCCAAGCUCCUCAUCUCUAAGCACCAACAAGUGCAACUACUCGAGGCAGCAUCUGUCCUUCUGACAAUGAACCAUGGUAAGGACGAGGCCGACGCCGACGCGGCCACGCCCCCGGAUUCUGCCAAGGAUUUCCCCAGUGACCAAGAGUCUGCCUCUCCGGCGGCAUCUGGAUACUCGGACGAAAGGCACAGCUCGGCUGAUACCACUCCUCCGCCUCAAUUGGAAGGUUUUGCUUCGUCGGAUCGUUCGUUCGCGAAGAGAUUUGGCUCUGGAAGCGGAUUCGGUCGGUCGUAUCAAUCUGCGCCUUCUACCAACCCACUCGUGACGGGCAGCAUGCCCCAUGACAAAGGAAUCUCCUCCCACUUCCGCCACAACAGCCAGGACCAGCGACCACCGUCGUCAGGAAGGAAUGCUACUGGUCAAGAAGACCGUGACCUUGCGGCUGCCGUCGAGCUCCUGAGCUGCAGUUUCAACAGCAACAACGGGCGCCCGGUGGGUGUUCCCGCUGAUGCUCCUCCCGUGCCUCCUCUGCCGGCGCAAUACCUCGAUCAAGCCGCAUCAUUCUCCAGUGCAGGGUUCAGUGGUGGCUUCAGCGCAGGAUUCAGCGCAGGAUUCCUCAGCAGCUUCCCCAGCAGACAGCCCGAGAGCUUCACUCGCGGUGAAGUUCGCGGCGCCGAUGUCAAGAUGGAGGACAACGACAGUGUCAUGGACGAUGACGACUUUGACCGUCGAUCUCGAUCUCGAAGCGACGAGGACGACGAUGGCGUUUUCGGACGGAUGGAAGAGUAG